GUUUUAUUUCGGUUUGUAGAGUCAAAUUGUUGUCAUCUUCCUUCAGUCUUUUGAUGCCUAUUUUAUGUUAACCUCCUAUUUCCCUUUAUCACUAUCGUGUGGCAUACUUGGAAUUCCUAAAAAGCUAAGCACACUACCUCAAAAAUCGCUGUAUUUUACACUAGGCCAUUCACUUCAUUUUUUUAGGUUUUUUUUUAAUCAAAAACGCCUGCUUGCCCUUAAGCCUUUUCCUAAAAACAAACGUAUUUACAAUGAUCAACGAGGUGUAGUAACUCAAGCACAAGCUAGUCAUAUUAGAGGAUCUUCUUCUUCGAUAAGAUGGCUCAAGCGUCAACAGUCUGAUCCAUAUACGCGGAUGGCUCGUGAACAAGGUUUUGCUGCUCGGUCUGCCUUUAAGUUGGACCAGAUUUUAAAUUCUUAUCAUGUUACUCGGGCUCAGUUGAUAAUUGAUCUCGGUGCCUCUCCUGGUGGGUGGACUCAAGUUUUGCAUCGAAGAUUCCCUUGCGCACAUAUUAUUAGCGUAGACAAAGCACCUAUGACACCGAUUCCUAAUACAACACAACUUAUCUUAGAUUUCACGAACACCAAUACACCUCGUAUUAUAGGGAACAUUCUUCGAGACAGAAAAAUUGAUCUUUUGGUAUCUGACAUGGCACCCUCUUUCUGUGGGCAUAAACAGACAGAUCAUAUACGGUUACUUGCAUUGGCUGAACUCGCCUUCGAAUUUGGCAAACUUACUCUAAAACAUGGGGCCAAUGCUAUCUUUAAGAUAAACAGAGGUGGUACAGAAAGUCAGUUUAAAUUGCUACUGCAGCAGUAUUUUGAAAGGGUUUGUUACGCUAAACCCGAUGCAUCUUACAAAGAUUCAUCAGAGCUGUUCGUUGUAGCACUAGGAUUUAUUGGGCGAAAUAGGGACGAUGAAUGAAUAUGAUAUAUGAGUAUUUGCAUAGACUUGUCACCUACCUUGAGUUAUCGAAGGGUUUUUGCUUGCUAGUUUGACCAGUUUCUAUUGGCUCCAUAAAAAAGUAGCCUUGAUUAAUACAAAAUAGUAUUUUAUAUAAAAA